UACACUCAGAACAGCACCAAGCGCAGCAUUAAAGAGCGGCUCAUGAAGCUCUUGCCCUGCUCAGUUGCCAAAACGUCGUCUCCUGCUGUUCAAAACAGCGUGGAAGAUGAACUGGAAAUGGCCACCGUCAGGCAUCGGCCCGAGGCUCUCGAGCUUCUGGAAGCCCAGAGCAAAUUUACCAAGAAGGAGCUCCAGAUUCUUUACAGAGGAUUUAAGAAUGAAUGUCCCAGCGGGGUUGUUAAUGAAGAUACCUUCAAAGAGAUUUACUCGCAGUUCUUUCCACAGGGAGACUCUACAACAUACGCACAUUUUCUGUUCAAUGCAUUCGAUACGGACCACAAUGGAGCUGUAAGUUUUGAGGAUUUCAUCAAAGGUCUUUCUAUUUUGCUUCGGGGGACAGUACAAGAAAAACUCAACUGGGCGUUUAAUUUGUAUGACAUAAAUAAAGAUGGCUACAUCACUAAAGAAGAAAUGCUUGAUAUAAUGAAAGCAAUAUACGAUAUGAUGGGUAAAUGUACAUAUCCUGUCCUCAAAGAAGAUGCUCCCAGACAACAUGUUGAAACAUUUUUCCAGAAAAUGGACAAAAACAAAGAUGGAGUCGUUACCAUAGACGAAUUCAUCGAAAGUUGUCAAAAAGAUGAAAACAUCAUGCGCUCCAUGCAGCUCUUUGAAAAUGUGAUUUAA